UUUUUUAAAAAAAAAAAAUUCACAAAUUUGCUAAAAUGGUGAGACCUAAAGGAAAUAAAGAGAAAAAAGAUAACGGAGAUCGUUACAAGGGUGUAAGGAUGAGGAAAUGGGGAAAGUGGGUAGCAGAAGUACGGCAGCCAAAGAGCCGUGAUAGAAUAUGGUUAGGAUCUUACGAUACGGCGGAGGAAGCGGCGAGAGCUUACGAUGCGGCGGUGGUUUGCUUACGUGGACCAUCGGCGACGAUUAAUUUUCCUAAUGAUCCUCCACUUAUUCCGUCGUCAGGGCCUAAUUGUGAUCAGCAGCAGUUGUCGCCGUCGCAAAUUCAAGUGGCGGCGUCGAGACAUGCGCGUAGGGUUUGUGAAUCAGCUGUUGUAGAUUCUAGAUUACCAGCUGUGGAAACUGUGUUUUUUAGAGAUAAUAAUUCAGAGUUUGGUUGUUCUUCUUAUGUGGAUUGUUAUAAUUUGGCUAUCACCGAUAAAAGUAGUACCGGAGAUGGUGAAGUUUUGCAUGAUGAUUUAUUUGAUAGCUGUUUUUACGGCUCGAACCCGUGCCGACAGCUGUGAUAUAUAGACAAUCUGGCUGUUUUUACGGGUCCGAGCUCGGACCCGUGCGAGGACACGGAAACAAGUAUUUAGACAACUAUUAGUGGAGUUUCUUAUCAGUAGUAAGAUUAAUUAAGCAUCUUUUCAUCAACUUUUAAUUCCAGUUUUAUCUUUUCAUCAACUUUUAAUUCCAGUGUUUACUAAAUUGUUGCUUAUUAGGUGUA